UUCCCCCACACACUGCAUCCCAUGAUUGCAGCUGCUCUCCAUCUCUCUCUCUCUGAGCCCAGGAGUGAGAACCCUCCCUUCCUCCCUCUCCUCCUCUGUUCGUGAUGGUGGCGUUAAUGUGGUGGUGAGAGUGAUGAUGGCGGCCUAGGGCUAGUGUGGGAUGAGGAGCAGCUGCAGCUGGAUCUCUUUCUUGGGGCUGCUGCAGCUGACCAAGAUCUUCCUUCCUCUGACCUCCAUGGUAGUCGGUUUGUAGUAGAUUUUAGAGCAGAUUACAUUCUAGUUGCUGGGAUCUACUGCAGGGGCUUUGAAGUUGCAGAAGGUUUACUUUGAGGCCAGGUAGUGUUGUUCGGUUUGCUUAGCUGGCUUCGAUGGCGAUGUCGCCGUCCAAUCCAAUGCGCAAGUACUCUUGGUGGUGGGAUAGUCAUAUAUCCCCGAAGAACUCAAAAUGGCUCCUAGAAAAUCUUACAGAUAUGGAUAGCAAAAUCAAAGUGAUGAUCAAGAUUAUCGAUGAGGAUGCUGACUCAUUUGCAAGAAGAGCAGAAAUGUAUUAUAAAAGGCGCCCAGAACUGAUGUCUUUGCUUGAGGAGUUAUACCGUGCUUAUCGAGCUUUAGCUGAAAGAUAUGAUCAUGCAGCUGGAGAACUCCGACAGGCCCAUAAAAAAAUGGCAGAAGCAUUUCCUGAUGAGUUUCAGUUGGACUUUGAUGAUGAUCUGCCAACAGAAACUGCAUCUACUGAAUCUGAAACAGACAAUCGUGACAUGACUCCAUUUUUCCUUUCAUUCAUCAAGGCUGGUGAUUCAAAAAAACGUGCUAAAGAUGACCAAGAUCAUGAGAAGCUGCAGAAAGAGAUAUCUAGCUUGUCAAAGGAAAAUCAAGACCUCAAGAAGAAGAUUUCAUCAGUAUUAGAAAAGAGCAAUAAGGCUGAAUCUGAAGUGAGUUCUCUCAAGGCGGCCCUUGCAGAUCAAGAAUCAGAGAAGGAAGCUGCAUUUUCACAAUGCCAGCAAUCCAGUGAUCGACUACAGAGCCUCAAGUCUGAAAUAUUGCAUACCCAAGAGGAGUUCAAGAGACUUAAAGAGGAGAUGGAAAAUGGACUACAGAAUUUGAGCACCGCAGAGGAAAGGUGCCUUCUCCUUGAGAGAGCUAACCAGAAUUUGCAUCUGGAGCUAGAUAAUCUGAAGCUUGCCUCAAAAGAGAAGCAUGAUGAGCUAAAUGAGAAGCACAUUGAGUUGGAGAAGCUUAGCAUCUCUAUACAAGAGGAGCAACUCAAGAGCAUGCAAGCAGAAAUGGCCCGGCUAUCUUUGGAGAAGCAAUUGGCACAAGCACAGGAGAAGCUAAGACUUUUGUCUCUUGAAAAGCAUGGUGAAGCAAGUAAGAUUGAGAACAUUGAAGCAACCAAAGUUCAACUUCAAAAGGAAUUGGAAACUAUUCGAGAAGAGAACCGAAAAUUGGAUGAUCAAAACCACUCCUCUGCCUCUGUGAUAAUCCGUCUGCAGGAUGAGAUAAUUUCUUUGAAGAAUACGCAGCGGCGCCUUGAGGAAGAGGUGUCUCGGCAUGUGGAGGAGAAAAGGGUGCUUCAGCAUGAGCUUUCAUACCUCAAAGAUAACAAGGGCGACUUGGAUAGGAAGCACUUUUCGAUCAAGGAGCAAAUCCAAGUGGUGAAUUUCAAUGUAGAAUCACUCCAAUCACUUGCACAAGAGGUGAGGGAUGGAAAUGUUGAGCUAAAAGAGACCAUAAAAAAUCAUGAGGGUGUAAAAGCCUUGUAUGUUGAGAAUCUAAUGCUACUGGAGAGGACGUUGGAGAAAAAUGCUCAUUUGGAGAGAUCCCUUUCAGCUGCAACUACUGAAAUUGAAGGAUUGCGGGACAAGAAGGUUGCAUUGGAAGAAUCAUGCAAACACCUUAAUUCCAAGGUUAACGGCCAUCAGUCUGAGAGAGCCAUGUUUGUUGCACGGAUUGAGGGUAUUUCUCAUACCAUGGAGAAGCUAUCAGAGAAAAAUGUAUUCUUGGAAAAUUUGUUGUCUGACAAUAAUACAGAGCUUGAGAUCCUUAGAAGGAAGCUGAAAGAUUCAGAGGAAUCUACUCAUACAUUCCGCAACCAGAAUUCUGUACUUCGAUCUGAAAAGAGAACUCUUAUGCGUGAGGUGGAUAGCAUCAACAGUGCUCUACUCAGUUUGGAAACCCAAUAUGCAGAGUUAGAAGGGCGAUGCUUGGAUCUUGAGCAGGACAGAGACAAGGCCCUAGAUGAAGUGAUCAAACUACGAGAGCUGUUGAGGCUAGAAAAGGAAAGGCACAAAGAAGCCACCAGCUCAGACAUAACUCAAUUCAGUGCUAUACAGAAGCAGAUAAGUCUACUGCUAAAAGAAGUUAAGCACAAGGAGAACCAGCUUCAAGAGGAGGAGCACAAGAUUGUUGAAGCUCAGACUGAGAUUUUUAUCUUACAGAGGUGCUUAGGUGACAUGGCCGAAGCAAAUUCUGAUGUUGUGGCUCAAUUGCAGAAGCAACAAGAGGUAUGCAAGGUUCAAGAGGAGAAAGCUGAUUUCUUGUCACAAAACAACCAGCUGCUGACAGAAGGGAUUGGUUCUGUGAUGGAAGUACUGCAUCUGGAUGAGAAAUAUGGAUCAUUGGAUCUAAUGAAGAUUGAUGUAGUUGUGCAGCUCCUCUUACAUGAGAUCAAGUGCCUGCUGAAUACUAUUUCUGAUGCUCAGGAUGUGAAGCAGAACCAGAUCCUUGAGAAGUCGCUUGUUGUCACGCUUCUGGAGCACUUUGGGAGAGAGGUAGCUGACCUAAGGUCAGAAAGGAGUGUUCUGAAGCAAGAGUGGCAAGCACAAAGCGAUGAGCUGGUGAAGCUGCAGAGUGAAAGGCAUGACCUCCUAAAGAUCAGCUGCGAGCUACGGAAGGAGAUGGAAGCUCGUAACCGCAAAGUGGAUGAGCUGAAAUCCGAGGCAAAGUUCUUGGUUAGACAACUCACAGAGCUGCAAGAAUCACGACAAUCAUUGCAAGCAGAGAUUAUCAAGCUGAUAGAAGAGAACACCUCACUGUCUAGCAAAGUUUAUGGCUCUAGGGAGAAGGAAAAGUCAUUUGAAGAUGAUUUCAGCACUCUUGUUGGUGAAGCAGUCAGGACAGACAUCCUUGGUGUCAUUUUUAGAAGCCUUCAUGAUGAGAGGACAUCACAAUUGCAGUGUUUGCAUGAGGAUUUUGGGUCUCUACAUGCAGCAGGAAACGAGCUUUAUCAGGAAAUCAAGCUGAUGAACAAGAAGCUUGGAGACCUACAACUCGAGAACAACUAUCUUGAGAAGGAACUCAGUAGAACUCUGAGCAUCUGUGACGGCUCUGGUGCGGAAAUUUCAAUUGGAUCCAGAAGGCGUGCGAUGAGGAGAGAUACCAAGCUAUUGAAAUCCGGCAGGAAAAGCCAAGAGACUGGACAGAACAUGGAACAGCGAAAAGAAGUUGACAAUGCUGGCCUUGAGAAAUCGAACGAAAUGCUAAGGGAGGAGCUCCAGAAGUUGAAAAGUGAACUGCAGGUGCUUAGGAGCAAAGAACAGCCUGUGAUUGAUGUGAAAUCUUGCGACGCGGAGAUCACUAAACUGCUGGCCAACAUGCAACUGGCCACUGCCAAUGCGUCUCUCUUCAAGGAGAAGGUCCUUGAGCUCAUCGUGACAUGCGAAAGUUUUGAGAUCAGUGACAUGGUGCAGAAGGAGGUGUUGAAGGAGGAGAUCACUCGGAGGAACUCUUAUGUGGAUGAGCUGAAGGAUAAGCUAAAUGCCGUGGAGAUUGAGAACAGAAGGCUGAAGGUUGAUCUGAAUGGUGACUUCACACUGCUCGGAGCACUGCAAACUGAAGUUGAUGCCCUGGAGAAACAAACCUUGUCGCUGGCCAAGGAUUGCUUGCCACCAAGCAUGCUCAAGGAGGAGAAUGCAUUGUCACCUCAACUGUCAAAGAUUGCUGUGCGCCCAAGCGAAGAUCAAAACACGACGAAGAUGGUGAAAGACAUGGAGUUGCAGAAACUCCAUGGAACCAUCAAAGCCCUCCAGAAAGUGGUGUCGGAUACAGGGGUUGUUCUGGAGCAAGAGAGGCUCGACUUCAACAACAACCUCCAGGACGCGAGGAAGCAGAUCGAGAUGCUGAAGCUUAAGGAGAUCCUGGACAGUGACGCCAGCGACGUGAACUACGAGCGCAUGAUGAAGGACAUACAGCUGGACCUCGUCCAGACUCCCAGCCGGCGUGCUGCCUCGCACGGCCACCACAGGAAGAAGAAAUCGGUUGCAGGGCAGUCUGACGACAAGAUGCUCGCGCUGUGGAGCGUGGACCGGGUGAGCAGCGGCAGCCGCAGGCACGACGUGGACCUGCGGCCACCGCAGAGCGAGGCGGCCGAGAACGACAACAAGGGCAAGAAGCGGUCGUGCUCCGAGCCAGUGGUGACCGUGAAGGACCUCGGUGUCGACAAGCAGGAGGUCCUCCCGCGGCCUGUCGUCACCACGGUGGCAACCACCACGAUGGAGCCGCAGCGGGAGUGGAAGAAGAAGGUGAUCGACCGGCUGUCCUCGGAGGCACAGCGGCUCCGGGACCUCCGGUCCAUUGUCCAGGAGCUGCGCGGCGGUGUGGAGGCGUCGUCGGAUGCUGAGCUGGACGGCGUGAAGGUGCAGAUGGCCGACGCGGAGGACGCCAUCGAGGAGCUGAUCGACGCGAACGGGAAGCUCCUGAAGAAAGCUGAGGAGUUCACGUCGGCGGCUGCGGGCGACGACGUGGACCUCCGCAGCCGGAGCCAGCGCAAGAUCCUGGAGCGCGUGCGCAAGAUGUCGGAGAAGGCCGGGCGGCUGGAGCUGGAGCUGCAGCGGUUCCAGCACGCGCUGCUGCGGCACGAGGAGGAGCGCGCGGCGCGGCGGGCAGCCAAGGCAGCGGCCACCGUGCAGGUGCAGCGGCGGUCGCGCGUGCAGCUGGUGGAGUACCUCUACGGGCGGCGGCGCGACAGCCGGCGGCCCAAGCAGAAGACCCGCGGGCCGUCCUGCUGCAUGAGGGCCAAGGCCAUCGAUGACUAACUCCCCCAUGCUCUCGUUCAGAGCUUAGAAGCUCAGUCAGAAGCUAUUAAAACUACCACUGGUUAAUCUUCAGGACUUCUAAUUUAAGCAACAAGCGAAAUGUCCAUGUUCACGUUUAGCAGCCGGGUAUCACCGUUAAUGGUUGUUUUAUUAGAAAUUCUUGGAUUCAGGGACAAAAUUCAAAUCAAACGCUAAAAGUUCUUAUAUUUAGGCAUGGAGGGAGCAGCGUCAAUAGCGGCGCCAUUUGGUGUACUAGAGCAUGUAUCAUAAAUAGAAAUAAUAAAAAUAAAUUUAUAUA